AUGGGACCUGGACGAACAGUCCGGCCACCAAGAAAUGCCCCGCAAUCUCAAGGUCAACAUUCUGGGAGUACCUCAGCAUCAAAAUCCAGGAAGGUACGUGGGAUAAAUAAGGGAAAGGGCUUGGAGCGUUUGAUCAAAAGGGCAGGUCAUCCACUAAACUUGACCAUCUCCGAAGAGAGAAGACCUAUUGGAGAAAAUAAUGAAUUACUUUCCAGAGAGAUUGGACUUCUUACACGGUACCAUGCACCUAUCCAACGUGCCGGGUGGCAUAGUCUGACUGAGGAUGAUAAGGAGCCGUUGUAUGAACUUCUAAAGCUUAAGUUCAAUCUUGAUUUCACCCAAGAUCAUAUCAAAGGCUGUGUGGAUCUGCUAUUCUCUUCAAGCUACAAAAGUUUCCGUCACAAGUGUUAUGAACAUUAUGUAAAAUCUGGUGAUGAUGCUAGAAGCAAUCCAUAUCCUCCCCUUAUUGAUAAUAGAGUUGGAGACUGGAUUUGGCUCUGUGAUCAUUUUGAAACAGAAGAAUUUAAGAAACGGUCCACAAUUGGGAAGGCUAACCGCUCAAACCUACCUUAUGUUCACAAGAAGGGAACAAAGUCAUUUGUAGCGGUUCAACAUGAAUUAAAUUGUGGCGAUAUCAGACUAUACAAGGAGUGUUACUCUAGUGAUAAGAAGGGAUGGGCAUCAGAAGAUGCCAGGAAUAAACAUGAAGAAAUGUUGCAGAAGCAAAAGGAACCUAUAGAGGAGGGUGAAGUACCUUUAACAGAGCAACAGAUUUGCGAGCAUGUGCUAGGUAAGGCAUAUGGUUACGUCAGAGGUCGGGGUCAUGGACCAAAACCAAAUAGAAGGGCUUACUCAAGCGCAUCAAGCUCAACUCAGCAUGUAGUGGAAGAAUUGGCCUCUACAAAGGAGAUUGUUGCUACGCAGCAAACUCAAAUUGAGGCUCAACAAUCUCAACUUGAAGCUCAACAGAAGAAGAUCGAUUGGCUACAAAGUGUCGUGUCUAACUUGGUUGGCAUUUCACCUCCUAUGGACGGCACUAGUGCAACAGGGCUAGGUUUCACAACUGAGCGGCCAAUGCCAUCUGACGGAAUAGGUUCGCUGAUAUCUAACACUGUAGAAAGGAUGUCAAGUUUUCCAAGAUCAUUUGCAAGUCAUUUGAGGCCAGGAUAUAGACCUGCUCCAACUUCUUCUUCUGAUGGCAAUGGCUCUCUGGUGUCGGAUGGAGGGUCCAGGUAUUCAUGA